ACUCGCAACGGCUCGCGUUUACCGACCGGUGAAUGGUGCCGGCCGCGCCGCUAAUGUUUACGUUCGCGCGUUUUUCGCGCAUCACGUGUGACGUGUGUCGCGUGUCGUGAAUCGCGAUCAGUGUGGACCUGGUGUGGAGUGUGUGGACUCAGUGGACUUGUAGCUCGGACGACGUUUCGCGAGUUUCGCGCUGUAUAGCAGAAUAGCAGGUGUCAGUAACAAUAAUCGUCAGGCAAUAAGCGUCGCGCAGGAUGUUGGAGUCGACUAUCCAAGCCCUGGCAAGCGGCAGGACGAUCCUGGCCAGCGGUUCCCCGAGGCGACACGCCAUAAUGAAACAAUUGCGCAUAAACGCAGAAGUGGUGCCGUCCGUCUACGACGAGAACCUCGACAGGUCCAGGUACGAGGGACACGGGGAGUACGUUCAGGACAUAGCCAGGUACAAGGUGCUCGAAGUGUACGAACGUUUAAAAGCAGACCCGGUACCGCCGUCCUUGAUAAUAGGAGCAGAUACCAUGGUGACGAUGGGCGACGUCAUUUAUGGGAAGCCUCAGAAUGAAGCGGAAGCUUUCCGGAUGUUGUCCAGCUUGGCGAAUAAGCAACACGUCGUCUACACCGGGGUGUGUUUGAAAACACCGAAAGCCGAACUCCAGUUUCACGAGUCUGCUAGAGUGAAGUUCGGGGAUGUAUCGGAGAGGCAAAUAAGAGACUAUAUCAAAACUGGCGAUUCCAUGGACAAAGCAGGGGGCUACGGUCUUCAGGGUAUAGGGGGUUGCCUGAUCGAGAGAAUAGAGGGUGAUUAUUACACCAUAACGGGCCUGCCUCUGUACUCGUUGGCCAAGCAACUGAACCGAAUGUUCGCCAAUGUUUAGCGAGAAUAUCACAGCGUUUGCGCCUGUCAGUACCUGAACCAUUGUACCGUCGUUUCCUACAUGAAUAAAUUUUAUCACGCUAAAAGCCUCGUAAAUUUAUGAAUUCCCCUAUUUGUAUAUUUAAUAGUCCGAACGUUGCGGCUUAAUGGGCAAUAUUUAAGCGCGCGUUAAUAUUGAAUGUCGAGCUCAUUAACAUUCAUGAUUCGUAUCGCGCGCUGUCAAAGACACAAAGCGGAUCACUCGCCGGCAUUGUAAUUAAAUUAUCCAGCAUAAGGCCGUAUAAGUAUUCGUUCGAUGAAACUUUCUCCCUUUCGUCCCUGCUACAACAUAUUUUCUAAUGCUUUUCUAGAACUCGGAAACGAGUAUUCGAGUUCGCGAGCGUCGCAUUUAAAAAGAAUCAGAUUUUAUUUUCUUUUAUCCAAAAAAUACUUUGUUCAUCCACUCGUUAUUUAAACAGGAACGACGAAUUUUAUAUUAAAAUAUUAA